CCGACGGUCCCAGGAAGCAGCGCUGCUUAUUUCAUAUUUUAUAGCGAUUUAGACGGAGGGAGCGCUGAAUUUCGAGGUCAGGGAGUACAAAUGAAGAAAGUAAAAUAAUUUUCAAUAAUUUCAGUUUAGCUCGGUGAUAACGUCAGAGGACUUCUGUUAUGAUUUGGCGUUGAUAUCGGUAAUGUUUACUGUGAAGUUCGUCUAAAGGGUGGCCAAUAACUGGAGCCUCUAGCCUUCAACUGCCUAAAUAUUGGGCAGAAAAUACGAAAAAACACAUCACAUUUCUCAUAUAUCGUGGGGUGGCGGCAAGCCAAUAUUUGACUCUGGAGCAGGACACGGAGGAUAGUAUGGCCAUGACGGGAGGGACUGCAGCUGCCCUUCCCAUGAGCAACCACACCCGAGAGAGGGUGACUGUGGCCAAGCUGACGCUGGAGAACUUCUACAGCACUCUGCUCACCCAGCACGAGGAGAGAGAGAUGAGGCAGAAGAAGCUGGAGAAGGCCAUGGAUGAAGAGGGGCUGCCAGACGAGGAGAAAGUAAUGCGGCGCUCGCAGCACGCCCGUAAGGAGACAGAGUUUUUGCGGCUGAAGAGGACGCGACUUGGCUUGGAUGACUUUGAGUCCCUGAAAGUUAUCGGGCGGGGUGCUUUUGGAGAGGUCCGCUUGGUGCAGAAAAAAGACACCGGGCACAUUUACGCCAUGAAGAUUUUGAGAAAAGCAGACAUGCUGGAGAAAGAACAGGUUGCUCAUAUCCGGGCAGAAAGGGAUAUUCUGGUGGAGGCGGACGGCGCCUGGGUGGUCAAGAUGUUUUACAGCUUCCAGGACAAGAGGAACCUCUACCUCAUUAUGGAGUUCUUGCCUGGAGGCGACAUGAUGACCCUGCUGAUGAAAAAGGACACUCUGUCUGAGGAGGCCACGCAGUUCUACAUCGCAGAGACGGUUCUGGCCAUCGACUCCAUCCACCAGCUGGGCUUCAUCCACAGAGACAUCAAACCUGACAACCUGCUGCUGGACUCCAGGGGACAUGUGAAGCUGUCAGAUUUUGGCCUGUGUACGGGACUGAAAAAGGCUCAUCGCACAGAAUUUUACAGGAAUCUGACACACAACCCACCCAGUGAUUUCUCCUUUCAAAAUAUGAACUCUAAGAGGAAAGCAGAAACCUGGAAAAAGAACCGGAGGCAGCUGGCUUAUUCUACUGUGGGAACACCAGACUACAUCGCUCCUGAAGUCUUCAUGCAAACGGGAUACAACAAGCUGUGUGACUGGUGGUCUCUGGGUGUCAUCAUGUAUGAAAUGCUCAUUGGUUACCCACCCUUCUGCUCUGAGACGCCACAGGAGACAUACAGGAAGGUGAUGAACUGGAAGGAAACGCUCGUCUUCCCACCUGAAGUCCCCAUCUCAGAGAGGGCCAAAGACUUGAUAUUAAAGUAUUGCACUGAUGCUGAGAACAGGGUUGGAGCUGUGAGUGUGGAGGAGAUCAAGAGUCAUCAGUUCUUUGAGUCGGUGGACUGGGAGCACAUCAGGGAGCGGCCAGCAGCCAUCUCCAUUGAAAUCAAGAGUAUCGAUGACACCUCAAACUUUGACGACUUCCCUGAAUCAGACAUCCUUCAGCCAGCCAAUGCAACGGAGCCAGACUUCAAAUCGAAGGAUUGGGUGUUCCUCAACUACACAUACAAACGCUUUGAGGGUCUGACUCAGCGAGGUACCAUCCCCACAUACAUGAAGGCAGGGAAGGCCUGACACCCCGAGACAUGGAGUCGUGGAGUAAAAAACAGACGUUUACGGACACAGGGUCGGGCCUCGGAGCCCCGCUGGUGCUGAAGGCUGCGCUGUCAGCCUCUCAGUAUAAAUUUAACCCUCAUCACAAGUUAUUUAGGUCUGCUCGGCCGCUGCAAGAACACCAAGAGCUCGGAAAUUAAGGAGCGUUACCGCAUUACCUCGGUUGUUUAUAUCGUAUCCACGUGCCGUCUUUAGCCAUAGCUCUCAGGCCAGCUCACUAACUAGGACACUAAAUCAGCAUAUCUGCAUGUUCAGCGGCAUACUGCUUCUGGAGAGGAUUUUUUACUGCCGCGGGAAUGAGGAUCGAGUACAAAUCACUGCUUCGACAUCUUCACAGCGAUAGUUUCUACACUGGCGGCUAACUUAGCUCAGAUGCAAACAUAACUUCUUAUACUGAAGACAAGAUCUAUACACUGUAGACGACUCUGAAAGAUUAGUGAGAAUAAAGGUACCCCUCACUUGUUCCCUCCGAUAAUGUUACACCCCUGAAAGUUCCAGCAUGAUUUCCAGGGUUUUGGCUCACUUUUUGCUUUGUAUUCAAAGGAAUAUUUUACACCCAAAUGAUCAUUUGUAUACUCACCACGGAUUCAUGAAGAAAACUUUCUUUCUCACAUGCCACUGUAAGGAAUCCAAACAAAUUCUUGAUGGAUUACAGUCUUUAUAAAUGGAUGCUGUCUUUGUUAGUGGGAGCAACUUUUAAAGGAAUACUUUACUUCUCAAGUGAAAA